AUGAACGUCUUUGUGUUUUUUUCCGUACUAACAUUCAUAUCGCAUAUUUAUGCAUACGUUCCAUGGGAAUUCAAUGGAACAACUCCAAAUAUUAAUGAGAUCAUUAUAGGACGUUGUUUACAAUUUAAGCUCGUAAGUUCUCAGAAUCGAAAUCCAGCAUUAUACGUUGACGCAGACUGUAAGAAAGCAUUAUUUUGGUCAGGCACUCGACAAAUUGUACACGAUUAUACUGCUGUUCAAAAUUAUUUCUUUACACUUGAAGAUACGUUUGCGGGUUACAUUGUUAAUAAUCUUCAGUGGUGUGGUUGCAAAAGUUGUCAAGGGGGGAUAAAUUUUAACAGUUGCAAUAAAAGUUGCACAAAUUAUGCUUUAUACUCCUAUUGGUUGAAAGCUUCAAAAACAUUUGCCGAAAAUGCUAAUGGAACAGCGUAUGUGAUGGUAAAUGGAACAACUGAUUCUGGUCUAACUGCCUAUUUUAGUAAAAGUUAUUUUGGAAUGGUAGAGUUGCCAACUAUGGGACAAAAGAAACAAGUAACUCAAUUGGUAGUGAUUGUGGUAAACAAUUUAGAGACAAAGCCAAAAGAAAAAUGUGGCCAAGGCUCGUUGAUAAACUUAGUUCAAGACGCCUAUAAGGUUGGAAUCAAUAAAGUAAAAUGCAUUGAUCAGCCAGAGUAA